AUGCUCGCUUGGCAACUCGUUCUAUGUCUCAUCUCAUUUUCUUAUUCUUCUUCCCUGGUUCAAGUACUGUUUUCUACCCUUCAAUUUUGGGUUAUCUCUUUAUCUCAGGAAAGAAUCGAUAAAUGCGAUUUAUUCGAGUCUUCGAGUGCGAAUCACGUAGGAGAGUCGCUUGUUUUCGCCAACAUUGUCCAAAGUGCCCUUCAUCUCAAUUAUCAAGUCGAAUACUAGAUUAACUCGAUUGAAUAUUUCGUGAUUUCCAGCGAAUUAAAGACUUUAUCGAAUGCUACACGUCAAAGAGCGGAAUGAGUCACGAAGAGAUGAUAUUUGAAAAAGGUUACUGUCGCAAACUACAAACUCGCCGUUAGAUUCUUUGAAAGUAGCAGUGUUUUUUAAUUAUUCGCCUUACAACAUCACAUCCUUUAAUUAUUUAGUUCAAAAUAUUUUUUGAAAAUAAAUUUUCUCGUUAAAAAUUCAAAAACGACCAUUAAAAAUAGUUUUUCUCGAUGUUAUGCAGUGAGUUAAGAUUUUGUUUUUAAAGAUGGGAUAAUUUGGACGUCAAGAUUUUACUUUGGUACAUCAGAAAACAAAGAAUCUACAAAAAGCCUUCAUUUUAGUGAAGUUUUUCGAGACAGCGUUGGAUCAGAUAAUUUUUUCUCUUCACUUGAAAAAUAUUUCAGAACCGGGCACAUCUUAUUGCUCUUUGCAAUACAUUUGGAAAACACAAUCGACCCCCAAAAUCAACCGAAAACGGGUGAUUUUAUCGACAGACGUUCUCGAGAUAUGUGCGGCUGGCCCUGGGAAGGCUUCUUUUUGGAAUCACUUCGAUCAAAGUAAAGCCGAAAUUACCGGACUCAAAGUAAGAAAAUCACAGAAAACAAUGUGACAGUACAGUACGAAUGGAUCACCGAGUGCUCAGCCUGCAUUUGGCCCACCGUCACGGAGAAAGGAGAACGAUAUAAAAAUAUAAAACUUCCAUCCUUCAAAUUCUAUGGUUUAUCAGAGCAUUUGAAGUGAAGUUCAAAAAUUUACAGAAUACUUACAAAUACUGAUUGACAAAGGCGUCGACGCUCUUUUGGCCUUGGAAAGCCCGGCUCCGGCGAUUUACCAACCUGUUCGAGAAACAAGGUGAGUAUCACCCUGUCGCAUGAACUGAACAAAGAAUUCAGCUCUGUGGAAAAAGGGAUCGACAAACGCUGGAAGUCUCUGGGAAGCAUGGCUCUCGUCGUUUUCUUUUUGUUCUUCUCGUUGAUUUGCUGUCUCUGCGCGUGUCUCACCCACGCCGUCGUUGACGAAGGUUCGACAUUUGAAGCCGUUUAUAUGACUGACUUUUUCGAAUUUUGUUCAUUUUUCAACUAUUUCUUGAGUUGCAACAAUAUGUUUUUGAAAGACUAACCCUACAAAAAGGUUAGAAAGUAAUGAAAAAUGUUGUGAAAUUGCACAACCUGUUUUUUCGUGUAUUAUUCUCAAUUUUAGACUUUCAUCAUCGAAACGACGAGCGGGACUUUCUCGCACAAGUAUUCCAAAUAGCGGAAGAUGAACAGGUGAGAAACGUCGAAAUUUUUCUUUUUUAUAUCAAAGCCCAUUAUGUUGGCUCCCGAAAUUUUCUGUGAUGCUUCUAACCGUUUUUAUCUAAUUCGAAACCAUAGAACGAUCAUCAUGCCAUCGAAGAAGUGGCCAACGUGCCUGCACCGAACCAGAAUCCAGGAGAAGUCAGAAAUGAGUCAGCCAGCGUGAAUUCGCAUCAAGUAACUAAUAACGUAAGCAAAAGCGGCUUGGUAUACGGUAGGAUAUCGAUCUGCAGAUGCAGUCUGCAAGCGCCGUCCAGUCUUUGACGGGGAGCAAUUCCUCGCUGGCCUCGACACAAUAUACCGCCAGAUCCGAAGAGGUUCCUCAGAUGGAGAUUAUAUCGUCCAAAAGGACAUCGUUCAGCCUUCAGGAUCCGCUGUUGUCGAGGACGUCACGCAAGGCGCCAGCGAGGCGACGGAAAUGAAACGUUCUGCUGUCAAGAAUUGA